AUGGGUGAACCUAUGUCCGAAUCCGAGUUCGCAGCCUUGGCUUUUUACGCUGGUGAUAAAUCUUGCUGUGAAUUGGGUCAUGGAGUGUUUGUACAGCAAUCGCCGCAUAAGCCUAAAACAGAUGUUGAUCCCUGUGAAGUGUGGUGCAGUCAGCCGGUUGACGUAUUAAGAGAAUAUUGCAACAUUAUUAAAAUACGCAUCUUUUGGCCUCUUCUCUUCAGAAGUGAAAGUAAUUCUUUGGUAGCUGAUUGGAGCAGUUCACAGAUUUUAGACCGGAAUUGGAAGAGACUCUGUGAUUUAGAGGUUUUGGAAGACCUUGUUGAUUUAAUUAAAAAAGUUGUUAAUGUUCCACCUUUUAUUGGUGGCAUACUGAGAAUUGGCAGCAGAAUAGAAAAUGGUGUCUUUGAUGUUGGGGAUGCACUUGAUUGGGUCAGAUACACAGGUGAUGUCAGUAUUCUGCAGAGGCUGGAGAAACUUGGUGAUUUUGGUUGGAUCUAUCUCGAAAUUUUCUUUGCUGAAUGCAAACGUUAUAUUACUAAAGUUGCUUUGGAAGAUUGUAAUUUAGUGGAAGAAUUUAAAGCUGUGACCUGUGAAAACUGUAGGACGAACAGUGAAUCUAUGAAACAGAAAGGAAAUGAGGAAUUUUCCCAAGGAAACUUUGAUCAUGCUAUAAUGUCAUAUACUAAAGCAAUAGAGUUUUGUCCUGCAAACCAUCUUCUGUAUGGAAACCGAGCUCUUUGUUUAAUUCUCACAAGGCAGUACAAGAGAGCCCUUGCUGAUGGAAAAAGAGCCACUAUUUUGAAGCCUAAUUGGCCAAAGGGUCACUACCACUUCUGUAAGGCACUGUCAUUACUGGGGGAACAUGAAUUGGCUUUGGAAGCUAAUGAGAGAGCUCAGGAGCUAUGCAAGAAUAUUCUUGACGGACUUAAGGAUCUUAUUCAACAAAAUGACAAGUUAAAGAAGACAUUAGACGAAAUCAAUGGUAUUAAACAACAUAAACAGAAACCAAAGAGGUCGCUUCUUGAGAAAAAAGACUGCAGUUCUUCAGAAUCUCAUUUAAUAAUCUCUCAAGAACAAAAAGAAACAGAAAAAGACAGAAAGAGAACACAGUCUGAUCCUAAAGAUCAUCAUUGUCAUCAAAAACAUGAUACGAGGAUGACUGACAUCCAAAGAACAGAAGGCAAAGGUUGGUCUCUGGAGUUUCCACCAAGCCAAAGUCAUCAAAACAAAGGAAGGCCAAAAACCAAACCUGGUGACUCUGAAAAAACAAGAGAUCACCUUGAUUUGAAGAUAGAGUCUAAAGCCAUCCAAGAUAAACUCUUCCGUACUGUGCAACAGGUGGAUUUAACUAUGUUGCCAGAAGAGGUUAAAUCCCUUGUUCGUGAUGGUUAUACAGCCUUGAUGGACCAGCGGUGUCACAGUGCUGAGCAAGCCUUUUCACAAUUGUUGAGCAUUCUAAAUCCUUCGGAAUUAAAGCAACUGAAUCUUCGUAUUAUUAAUUAUGUUGUAAUCAUCUAUGGACAUGCCACUGCUCUUCUUGGAAUAGGACAACCUGAGGCAUUGACAAAGGCUGAAGACCAGUUUAAGAAAAUAAUUCAGCAGUACCAGGAAGAAAGAUUUGGUUGUUUGGCAUACUAUGGAAUUGGAAAAGUAUACCUCAGACAAAACAGAUUUUCAGAUGCGCUCGAUCAGUUCAUGAAAUCACAAACAAUGUUUAAUCACAAGAUUUUACCUGGAGUAUUAACUUGGCCCACAACAUCUCAGGUCAUUGAAGAGACACGAACAGAGAAUUUACAGUUGAUUUUAAAGAAUUGUAUUGAGGAAUGCAAGUUCCCUCCAGAACCAGAUGCAAUUUGUCGAUAUCAGCAAUGCCAUGGCCACUCCAAAAUCCAGAUAUAUUUUACAGACCCAGACUUCAAGGGUUUUAUACGUAUUACUUGCUGUCAGCAAUGUAGAGUGGAGUUUCAUAUCAGCUGUUGGAAAAAGUUGAAGACAACAAACUACAGUGAUAAAAAUGAUAAGGAUUUUCUUCAAGAAUUGUGUUUCACUCCUGAUUGUACAGGCCUUAUUUCAAAAAUAGUUAUUUUCAGUUCUUCUGGUCUGGUAAAAUGUGAAUUUGAACAAAAAAUCACAAAAACCAAGGAACCACCAAGAGCCAGUAUUAAACAGAAAUGUUCAAGCCUUAGGAAGUUAAAAAUGAAACAAGAAAAAAAAUUACGAAGAAAACGUGCACGAGAAGAGGCACAGAAUUCUGCUAAAAAGAAAACAGAAGAAAACCAGAUGGGAAACGAACCAUCUCAAUACAGUGAUCACAGCGGUUAUGUUCAGGAUUUAUAUGCUGGUGAUGGAGUCCUGCAGCAUAUCAGUCGAAAUGCUGAGCAAAUAAAAACAGCUGUUCGCGAUGCUUCCAAACUAUUAAAGGAAUUACUUUCAUGGUUUGUAAUCAGCGAGGAGGAUUACACAUCGUAUUCCAAAACUAGCAGCAUGUCACAUGAAGUGAUGGAGCAGCUCAUCAGUUACUUAAUUCAGGAAAAAAACAGAGUAAAAACAAGGGGUUUUAUCCAUGUGCUGAGUGAGCUGGAAGAAGUGGAUCCCAAAUUACACAAGUGGCUGAAACAUCUUAACAACUUGGGUCUGACAGCUACAAAGAACUUUCUCCUUCAAUAUGGGCAAUUUUUAAAAGAGCUUGACCUUUCUAUUUUAACCACACUCUGGAAUGAGAAGUAUGGUAGUAAAUUCGACUGUGUGACAACUAGUUCUGAAGACGCAGAAAUUCGUGAUUAUUUCUUAAAACCACCCCUAGAGAAAACCCGUUGUUUUAUAUGGCUGUUAGAAGACAAUAGAGAAAAUUUUCCAUUUCUUCAUCAAGCUUUAGAUGAAUUCUUUGAUAAAAUGGAUGACCCUACUGUUAUAUUAAAGAAGCAGGGAAAUGAAAAUAUAUCGACUAACGGUAUCAAAGUCAAAAACAAAAACAGGAAGAAGAACUCAAAAGACUCAAGGUCUAUUUUAGUAUUAUCCAGUGGCGUUAGCACAGCACCACGAGAAGAAGAUAAGAUAUUUAUAGAAGAAAAUACUUUAGAUUUUACAAAUUCUUAUGAACCAUUUGUAAUCCCAGAACACCUUCGGGGGCAACUAGAGGAAUUUGAAGCUCUCUGUGACAUUUCAAAUAGUAACCAUUAUCAAAGACUUUUGGAUAAUAACCCAGAUCAAACCUGUGAGAGCUUAUAUGAAUAUUUCUCUCAAAUCCUGGAAAAACAUGGUCCUAUGGAAAUGAAUAAUAAAUUACUAGUUGGGGAAUAUGAACAUUUCCCUGAAGAAGCUCGAAAGAUUGUAGAAGAUGAAGGUGGUCUGAAAUCUUUUCUUCUGAAAUCCUUUCAUUUCAUUAUGGUGGAUAAUCUUAUUUGCUUAAGAAAGCAUGCGCUUCUUAUUAAAGAAAAUACAAACAGAAAUGAGACCGGAGGUAAUGAAGAAGAAAACAGUAUAGUCUGUGAUGUGCACGAAAAUUCUUCCCAGAACAAGCUACAGUUAAAUCCAGCUGCUAAGGAAUUCAAACCGCUGUUUUACCCUAAGCAACCCCAUAUAUCAACAUCUACUGACUUAACAGUAGCAAGUUAUGAGACUCCACAGUAUUUGCCCAUGUCUUUUCCUACUUCAUGUAAAUUGGUGCAUUCUUUGCAUAGUCAGAAUAUUGAUACCGCAGAAAAUGAGCCGUCGUUUUCAGACAUUUUACUAAAGUGCUUCGAUUCUAAAAAUCCUGGUAUAUUUUUGCCUCAGACUUCCUGGGGUUAUCAAUAUGAAAGACUAUUGCCGGUGCCUUCUCAAAUGCCUCUCAUUUCAAAUGUUGCCAAGCAACCUAGUUAUAUUUAUGCUGAUCAUGUAGCUCAUCAGGAUAAUGAUGAAUCAGCAAUUUCAGAUGGAAAAUACGUCUUCAGCAGUUUUAUACCAACUGAAAUACAAACGUAUGAAGACCCUCAGUGCCAACUGGAGAACGCGGAUAACACAUUUUAUGAAGACAAUUUUGCUGUUGCAAAUAGUACAAAUGAAGCUGAAUGUGGUAUACAGGUUAUUAAGACGGAAAAAGAAAGCAGAGGUAUACCUCUAAUGAAAAACAAUCCUCAUACAAGGAUGAUAGCUGUUCAGGUAAAUCAUGAAGUAGCCAAUAGGGAAACUAAUACCUUGCCUUUUCAUCCGUUUGAAAUGCAACAAGGAGAUAUUCUACGUAUGGAAAAAGAGCAUCAGGUAUUAAAAGAACAACUCAAAGAAGCACAGGAAAAAUAUGAACAGUUAGAAAGCCGAAGCUUGGAGGAAAUCAGUGCUUUAAAAGAGCUCCUAAAAAAAAGUGUUGAAGAGACUGAGGUAUCAAAGAAUGAACUGGAUUGGCUUCAUCAAGACUUAGAAAUAAAAGUGAAAAAAUGGCAACAGGAGAAAAAAGAAAAUCAAGAGAACUUAAAAGCACUAAGGAACACAGCUAAAAAGCAUACAGAUACCAACGAUAGGUAUUCGAAGACCAUUGAUGAGAAGGAAAAGCAGUAUAACACAUAUUUGAAUACAUACCUCGAGACCAGUAAUAAACUUGCUAAUGAGAAAGUAAAAUUGGAAGAGCUUAUAAAAAAGAGUCAAGACGACUGCCAAGAGUGUGUGAAAAGAGCUGUUAAAGCAGAGAUGUCAGUACUCAAAAACUGGAAGGAAACUGAAGCAUGCAAGCUAAACGGCAUAGCUGCCAAUGCAGAGGCAAAUCUUAGGGUGCUGAAGUCAUGGAGCAGCAGCUCAGCUUCAGCAGCACCUAAGUUGAAGUCACAGAUUGAUUCGUGGGAAAUAUUUAUUUCAAAUGUAAAGAAACAACUGGAAAAAGUAGAGGCCGAGUAUGAAGAAAAAAUUCAGAUGGUGGAAAAUGGUGUACGGAACUGCCUCGCUAAAAUGGAAACUGUGGACCUUCCUUCUCCUCCCAGCGUCUUAACACAACAAGGCAGAGCUCCCGUCAGCGAUCUGGCCGUUGUCACGUAUUCCUCCGCAUCUGCACAUCCUAAUUCACUUCCUGCAUUGUCAAGUUCUGAAGAUCAAGGUCCAACACGUGCUUCAUUUCAUACGCUGGCUGGAGUUAAGCCAGCAUACGCAAAUUCGAAGGCUUGUUUCGCAAGUGGCGGUGCAGUGAAAACACGCUCCAAACCUCUGGAAGGAUCACAUUCUGAUAAAGUUUCGGCAACUUGCCCGUCAGGGAUUUCUGGAAGCGACGCUCAGAAUGUCCAGCCAAACCCGAACCAGCAAGAUGACUCGGCUAUACAACUGAGGCCUUCUGGACUUCUAAACAACAAAAUGCUUCCGAAAGCACUUGGAAAUAUUAUUGCGCCUCUACAGAGUAUAUUCCCAAACUAUAGCAGUUCGGACUUUACUAGCUUCAUAAAAGACGUACAAAGAAGAAAUGGGAAUACAUUGUCAGGUUUGAGCUUCGACGAAAUUCUAAGCAGAGUGACGGAACUCAUUCUGGACCAGCAAAGCAAGGCACCAACUUCAACAGGGAGACCUGUGCAGUCAGUGCCCUCUGCUUCGCCAGCACAGACUGGAACUCGGAGUCGGGAAGUGCCUGCAGAAGACAAUGCACCCAGCCCGCCCAAGGCAAGACCCGCGCGUAAAAACGCCUCGAGUAAAAAUCCACCUCAGCCAAAUCUCCAGCCCUGGGGAAAUGUUGGCGCGACACCUAAAUCUAAAUGGAAGAAACUAGACUAUACAGCCUCCAGUGACGAUCCUUGCACAAUAUGCCAUGAUGAGCUAAGCAGAGACUUGUGUGAACUAGAAUGUGGGCACCGUUUUCACAGAGCGUGCAUUAGAACAUGGCUUAAGCAACAUUCAAGUACCUGCCCGAUCUGCCGCGUUCAUGCCCUGUUACCUGAAGACUUCCCCGAGCUUCCUGCACGGAACAAACAUGCCUAAACCCUGUUUUGUUUGAACACAUUAUAGUAAAAGAUGCAAAGUGGCUGCAGAAUAAUCGCCGUGAUAAGGAACAGAAACGCGAUGCCUAGAAAGAGACAGAACCCUGGUUUUAUUGAAAACGGCAGUGGAACUCAGACCCAUUCAGUAUUCGACACUAACACCAAGCUGUAAGACGCCGGCCCUGCCACGGCACCUGCAGAAUCAAGUUAGCAUACUCCAAGAUCCAGCACUUUUCCUGGCUGUUGCCUAAGUGUGCGAAGCCGAUGUAAUGUAGUUCAGAGACCAGCAGCACACAAAACGGGUAGGGAUUUUCGGCUAAGGGCUAUUUAAGCUCUACUGUAUCUACUUUUCUCAAAGGAUGGCGCCUAAUUCCUGUAAAGAGGGGGCUUUCCUUCAGAGCUAACACCACACUGAAAAUAAAUUCCAGUACCAAACAAGUAGGUGACCUGAAUGCCAGACUAGCAGAAUUCGGAACAGCCGAGACAUUACCUUCCUCCGGCAUAAACAAUUACAAUUUAACUGCAGGAUUCAAAUCGGGCUUGUUGUGAUCAUUAUGGAUGCGGCUCAUCUAAUUGUGGCUCCUUUCUCUGCAUAAAUCCAUAGCUAAUAACUCAAAUCGUUUAGAGAAUGACUUUUAGUAAUAUCUUGAAGCAAGAAUUUUUAAGUCUUCAUGUGACUCUCUCUGUUUGUGUAUCAUUGAGUUGGAAUAGCGUGGCUCAACUCUUUAAUCUCAAAAUACGGUUUCAAUUUCCCUCAUCGUUGAAGAGCUGACUUGUUUAAAUCAGAAUUACAGGAUUUUUAUUUUUUGAUGAAGCAACGCUGCAUCUGUAUUCUGUGCAUGGAUGUUCAUCAACAGCGUGAGGUACAGAAUACAAACAGCUGAAAGGCUCGUUAUCCUACUGCUUUAAAAGUCUGAGCUUGCCAGAGUUCCUUCAUCACUGUAAAAUUUGUCCCAAAUGGCCAACAGACCAGGACUAGAGCGUGUACGGCUUAACCGCUCUGAAAACAGAGUGUGACUGUUGUUUGGAUACAAGCAGUAUUAAAUUGAUUACAUGAGAUUAAGUUAGCUAAUUCUAGGGCUCGUUUGUUCCCCCAAGUGAUAUGUAUCCUCCAGAUGAAGUUUUAAACUAUUCUGUGAUUAAUCAGUAUAUUAACUGGCACUUCGAUCAAAAAUAAAAUUACUACUGCAGCUGA